GCCGUUGAAAGAUGUUCCAAAGGCACGCACUUGACCGUACAGUGCCUCCCUUAUAGUCCCUCGAAGUAGGUUUCGUGAAUUUGGUCAUUGCAAUGACUUCAAUCUCGAUGAUAGCAGUGUUUCUAGCACUGUUCGUCAUCGUAGCCACAUAUUUCUUCCUAAAUCCACUCCUCUUAAGUCCAUUGGGCCGCAUACCAGGGCCCAAGUCAUUCCUACUGACAAAAUGGCGAUUGGCUUAUGAAGAUUGGAAGGGAACCAGUACCCGUACCAUUCACCAGUUGCACCAGAGAUAUGGCCCGGCUGUUCGCAUUGGCCCAAAUGAGGUUUCUUUUAAUAGUCUGACGGCCCUACGAACAAUAUACGGUCCUGGAAGUAGUUUCGGCAGAACAGGUUUCUAUCGCAUGUUUGAUGUUUACGGUCGACAAAACCUGUUCACAUUUCAUUCGGCGACAGAGCAUGGUCGGAGAAAAAAGCUUUUAUCCCAUGCAUACUCAAAGUCCGUCAUACUCAAGGAGCCAGUUACUAGUAUGGUUGAAGAAAAAGCAGGAAAGUACAUGUCACUCAUCGAAUCGGAGAAAGAUCAUAUCUCGGAUAUCUUCAGCACGUUACACUAUUAUUCCUUGGACAACAUCACCGAGUUUCUCUAUGGAAAGUACGGGUCGACAUUCGCUAUGGAAGGCUCAGAAUCUCAUCAAGCUUUGAUCAGCGAUAUUCUUGAUCCAGCUCGGCGCCGACUUUCUUGGUUCUCAGUGCAUUUGCCUAUGUUUACAAGAUGGCUAUAUACACGCACUGGGAUAAUGGAAACGAUUCUACAGCCUUUGCUCCCCAUGCAAAAGCCAGCUACGUAUACGGGCAUUCGGGAGUUCGCACUGCAGGCUUACAGGCGUUUUCAUUCGGAUAUGAUGAAGACGAAGGAAAAGGGUCUAUCGCUUGCCCCGUCGAACAGUCAAGGGCUAUCUAUCCUUGAACGUCUUUGGCAACACCAUCUGAGUCACCGGGCGGAUAGUAUGGAUGAUUUACAAAUGGCCUCGGAGUGUGCAGACCACUUCUUAGCCGGCCUUGACACGACUAGCGACACGCUAAUGUUCCUGGUUUGGUCUCUCUCCCAGCCAAGGAACAGAAAAUUCCAAGUAAAGUUGAGACGGGAAGUCCUCAGUCUCUCUGGAGAAUCAUUGAAUAAAUACGGAUUUCCAAAGGCUAGCGUUAGCGAUCAAUGUACCUACCUCAUGGCUAUUAUCAAGGAAACACUGAGGCUCUAUGCACCGUUGCCUACGUUUGAGCCAAGAUCCAGUUCUGUCGACUCUGUCAUCGAUGGAUAUAACAUCCCAGCUGGAACUAUUGUGGGCAUGUCACCUUUUACUCUUCACCGAAACCCGGAGGUCUUUAAGGAUCCGCUCACGUUCAAUCCUGAUCGAUGGCUUGGACCUGAUGCAGCUGAGAUGAACCGCUGGUUCUGGGCAUUUUCAAGUGGUGGAAGAAUGUGCAUCGGCUUACAUCUAGCAAUGCUCGAAAUGACCACACUCGCAGCAACAAUAUACCAGAAAUACCAAACUUCCCUCGCCCCUGGGUUUGAAAAUGUUACUCCUGGGAUUACUGCACGGCUCGAAGUUUUCCAAGAUGAUCGGUACUCUAAGAUGAUAGAACAUACUUGCCUCAUUAAAUUCGAAGAAUUUGGAAGGUAGUUUUUGUAGUAGUUGAAGGUGAUGCGAUGCCCUUUACAUAUAUUUUGCCUAGACGAAUCUACCAUAUGUUGAGUUAUGAGUCCAUUUUUCCUAGUCAAAACUUCGUCCAAUCUUUAACUCUAGUCAAUCCACA